CUCUUAGGUGUCUGUUUCUUGAAAUCAUCGACAAUCUUCUCUGCCUUCUUUCCUCUUUCCCGCACUCACUCUUAGUUCCCUUCCAAACCUCAGAUGAAUCUCAUCACCUUUCAUCAUCAAAUUAAUAACCUAAACAUACUUUAAAUUUUUUUUAAAGGGGGAAAAAUGUCAGCUCCACCUCGCUACAAUUCAAGCAGCCCUACGUCCGAUUCGAGCUCCGGCAACCCGAAAUUGGUGGCUCCGUCGUCGCUCAGCCGCUACGAGUCGCAGAAGCGGCGCGACUGGAACACGUUCGGGCAGUAUCUGAAGAACCACAAGCCGCCGCUGGUGCUGAGCCGCUGUAGCGGCGCUCACAUCCUCGAAUUCCUGCGCUACCUCGAUCAAUUCGGGAAGACGAAGGUCCACGGCGGCGUCUGCCCCUUCUUCGGCCACCCGCACCCGCCGGCGCCGUGCCCCUGCCCGCUGCGCCAGGCGUGGGGGAGCCUCGACGCGCUCGUCGGCCGCCUACGCGCCGCCUUCGAGGAGAACGGAGGGAGGCCGGAGACGAAUCCGUUCGGCGCACGCGCCGUCAGGCUAUACCUCCGCGAGGUGAGGGAUUCGCAAGCGAAGGCGCGCGGGAUUGCGUAUGAGAAGAAGAAGCGGAAGAAGCCGCUCAAGCAGCAGCAGCAGCAGCAGCAGCAGCAGAUGGAGAUGCAGGCGGUGGGAGGUGGCGUGGAGGAGGAGGCGGCGGGAUUGAUGUUGGUGGGAUCGUCAGCGGCGAGGGGAUCCAUCAUUCUUCCUUUAUCUGUGCUUAAUUAAGGAAAUUACUCAAAUUAGGGUUUCUUAAUUUUGUUGGUUGGUUUUCGAUGUUGAUUAAUUAGCCUUUUUUUGGGUAAACUGAUGAACUCAUUUUCUAGUUUAAUUAGCAGGGAUGAUUAAGGUUUUUCUUUUUUUGCUUUUUUGGUGGUUAAGCUAGACUUAGGGUUAAGUGCAGGAUGCUGUAUGGAUAUGCUAGUUUAGUUUAGUAAAUUAAAAUACAGUUUUUAA